AAAACACGUGCAACCGCAUUGUUUUGUGCAUUGGAUCGGGUUUGGUAUCAGUUAAAAGGAAAAAGAAUUAAAAUAUGGUCCAAAACAAACAGAGGGGUGGCCCUAAGGCCAAACUUCCCCGAAUUAAUAAAAACGAUGCCAGUUGGGAGAAAGUUAAGAUCAAGGGAAAUGUUGUCUCAGAGGAUGGUGUAGGAUUGGAAGGCUUAAUUGGUUUGGAGGUUUUGGAAACCUACGAUCCGGCAUUGGUGGAGAUGUCAAAGCCCAAAUCAACACGCAAGGAAAAGCGUAUGGAACGUAAAAAGGCCAAUAAGAAACCCAAAAAGACCAGCGAGGAAAACGAUGAAGAUGAUGACAAUGAAAAUAGUGAUGAUUCCCUAUCAGAAUCGGAAGAUGACAGUGACGAUGAUAAUGAGGGUGGAAAGAAAAGCAAAAAAGCUUCUUAUAAAGAACGUUUGGCCCUGAAACUGCAAAAACGCAGAGAAAGACGGGAACAGAGGAAGUUGCAACGUAAAUUGGCCAAAAAGCAAGGUGGCGGUGCUGUAACAAAUGACAAUAAAAAUGAUAAAAAGAAGCCAAAAGAUGGUAAAAAGAACAAAAAAUCAAAGGAAACAGAAAGCAAAGAUGAUGCAGAAGGGGAAGAAUACAAUGAAGAUCGUUUUAAGUUACUGAGGCCACCACAAGAGAGUGAUGAAGAUGAGCAGAAAGUGGAAGACGAUGAUGAUGAUUCGGAGGAAGAAGAAGCACCCGAAUUGGUGGAUAGCAAAGCCUUAAGCAUAGAUGAUUUGGAGGGUUGGAAUGGCCUCGGUGUGCCCCAGUGUAUCCUGAAAGCCUUGGCAGAAAAGGGUUUCAAAUCACCCACCGAAAUUCAAUCUAGAACACUGCCUGCUGCCAUUUUGGGUAAAAAAGAUAUUUUGGGUGCAGCAGAAACUGGAAGCGGCAAAACAUUGGCCUUCGGUAUUCCUCUCCUGGCUGGUAUUAUGGAAUUAAAAAAGAAAAAUUCCAAAACCGGUAUUCGCAAACCUUUAACCAAAACCAAAGAAAAGCAUUCUGAAGAUAAUGAAAUUGGGCAUAAAGAGGAAUUUGAAGUUCCCAUGGAUGUAGAAGAAAGUGAUGAAGAAAGCGAAGAAGAAGAUGAAAAUCAGAGUCCUCUCUAUGGUUUGGUUUUGACACCCACCAGAGAAUUGGCAGUCCAGGUUAAAAAUCACAUUGAGGCAGCGGCAAAAUAUACAGGCAUCAAAGUGGCUGCAAUUUUUGGUGGCUUGGCAGUGGCCAAACAGGAACGUGUUCUGAAGAAAUGCCCUGAAAUUGUUGUUGCCACCCCUGGAAGAUUUUGGGAACUUUAUCAACAGGACAAUAAACAUUUAAGACAUUUGGAAGAUAUUAGUUUCCUGGUCAUAGAUGAGACAGAUCGUAUGGUUGAAAAGGGUCACUUUGAGGAAUUGAGACAAAUUCUGAAACUAAUAAAUGACAAUGAACAGAAAAAACAAUCCCGGCAGAAUUUUGUGUUCUCGGCCACCCUGACAUUGGUGCAUGAUUUGCCGGAGCAUAUGCAAAAGCGUAACUUUGGCAAAAAGCCCAAGUUUGUUAAACAAACGGCAGAGGACAAAAUACAAAAUUUGAUUGAUGAGUUGGGCAUUUCACAACCGAAAAUUGUGGAUAUCACAAGGUCACAACAAACUGCCCAAAAUCUAACGGAAUGCCGUUUAAUUUGCCCCUUGGACCAAAAGGACUAUUAUUUGUAUUAUUUUGUACAAAGACAUCCUGGACGUACCAUUGUAUUUUGUAAUUCCAUUGAUUGUGUGAAACGUUUGGCAAAUCUUUUUGGCCUUUUGAAAUGUGAGCCCUUACCCUUACAUGCCAAUAUGAUUCAAAAGCAGCGCUUGAAGAAUUUGGAAAGAUUUCGUGAUAAUCCUUGUGGCUUCCUUAUUGCCACGGAUGUGGCUGCUCGUGGUUUGGAUAUUCCUAAUGUGGAACAUGUCAUACAUUAUCAGGUACCCAGAACUAGUGAAAAUUAUGUCCAUCGUUCGGGCAGAACUGCCAGAGCCAAUAAAGAUGGCAUAACAGUCAUGUUUAUGGAACCCGGUGAAGUGAAGAAUUAUGUCAAACUUUAUAAAACCUUGGAGCGAAAGGAAGAUUUGCCUUUAUUCCCCGUAUCGGAACGUUAUCUUGCUGCCGUCAGGGAACGUGUUGAUUUGGCACGUGAAGUUGAUCGUCAAGAAUUGAAAUUGAAACGUGUACAAAGUGAAAUGGGUUGGAUGAAGAAAAUAGCCGAAGAAAUGGACAUGGUUAUCGAUGGCUUCAAUGAUGAAUCUGGCAGUGAUCAGGAUGAAGAUGCUUUUAUUAUUGAAAAACGACGUAAUCGCAUUCACCUGGCCAAUGUAAGGCAACAAUUGAAAUCUUUGUUGGCCCAACCUAUUUUCCCCAGAGGCUUUAGUUUCAAAUAUCCAACUGCCACCGGAGGUUUGCAAGUGCCUGAAAUUUCAUCCGGACCUUUGCAGGGCAGUGAACAGAAACCCAAUUCAGCUGUUAAAGCAAUGCAGGAAGCCAUUGAGGAUAUGAAAAAGGCUAAGAAAAUGCGCAAUAAAAAGAAGAAAUAGUUUCCAUUGUAUAAAUAAUUUUUGUUGUAGAUAAUAAAUUUUAAAAUAGUUACUCUAAUGUUUAGUAACAUAAAAUCGAACACCAUUUUCCAUUAGGGAACGGGCAUGCUUUGCCAUUAAAGUGGAAACUGAGAGGACAGGAGUAGAAAAGCAUCUGAAAAAAAUAAGAAAUAAAAAAAAUAGAAAAUAAA